CGCAUUCAAGCAUCAGUGUUCCCACCGGUAAGGUGUAGGUUUGUGCACUUCCAAAAUUCAACAAAAAUCUCCAUGUAACUCCACUUCAGGUGCCAGACCUCUAAAAGUUUUGAACUCAGGAUGGAUGCUGCAGGUUACAAAGAUAGUGCAACUAUGCUCCAGGCUCUUGUGAAGACUACUGAACAAGGACAGACAAUUUCUUUCCGAGGGAAUGAAGAACAGUGCAGCAGUGCACUGUUUAGCUCCGAGGUGAAGGUUGAGGUUGGCUUGACCAAUCACACUUCUGGGUCAUCAGCAAUCACAACACGAAACAUUACCAAUUAUCCUUGGGAUCAUCACUAUGUUGCUGGCAGCUUGGUGGCUCAGCACUGCUCAGGAGACUAUAUAGCCUAUGCUAUUAAAGCUCCCCAAAAGUCCAGUGGAAUGGUGCGUAUCAUUCACUCUAAAUCUGGAAGCAGAGGACUGGUGAAGAAUAUCAGAGGAAUGUUACGUGACAUAGCAUUUGCUCAUCUAAGCAACAGAGUUAUCGUGGCAUUUACGGAUCAAUUUGGAACGUUAUAUGUCUGUGAAGUUACUGACUCCACAACAGAAGACAUGCUAAACACAGAAAUGCUGCUGGAAGUGAGUAGUGGAACAGAUCAGGUGAGUGACCACCACCGUGUCAUCUGGUGUCCCUACAUCCCAGAUGAGCAGGGAGGUACUGAUGAUGGCGAUGAUCCAGCUUUUCUCUUGGUGCUAACACAUGGGCCUUGUGCAGAAAUCUGGAAUGUGAAUGUUGUUCUGCAAGAAUACAGUGGAGGGCAGCUCCAACGAGACCAAGUAGUUCAUGGUUACCAGCAGAUGGAACAACACUCGGCACCAAUCACCGAUGCUGCUUUCAGUCCAGAUGGCACUGCUCUAGCCACGGCUGCUCUUGAUGGCUUUGUUAAAUUUUUCCAGGUGUAUAUGGCCGAUGAAGAGAAAUCCCCCCGCUGCUUACACCAGUGGAACCCCCAUGAUGGCAAGCCCCUCUCUGCUCUCUUCUUCCUUGACAACCAUAAGCAUCAUAGCCCAGAUGUACAGUUUUGGAAGUAUGCAGUAACUGGUGCAUGUAACAAUUCAGAACUUCGUGUUUGGUCAUGUGAAUCCUGGCAAUGUCAUCAGACUCUGCGGUUUGUCCCCGACCCACAACACCCUCUGCCAAACCCCCUUACAUUUAAGGCAGCUAUGGACCCCUCGGCAAAUUUCCUCUUGCUUGCUGAUAUACACAGACGGGUUAUGUAUGUAAUUGCUGUGUAUCAAGAUGGUAAUACCAGUAGCGGCACUGGAGGUGGCACUAGUGCAUUGACUGGCGCAGGAGGAAACUUUGUUGUGAAGAAUGGCGGUGGUGGCGGUGGCAUCGCUAGACUUGUGUCAGUGUCCGAAUUGCCCGUCCAGUACCCCGCUCUGUCCAUGUCCAUAACAGAUGCAGCAUGGAAACCUUACAAGCGGUGGAAACAUGAUCACGCACAUGAUCAUACUCAAAAUGCUCAUGACGACGACGAUAACGAUGAUGGAGACAGUGUAGAUGUUGUGGAUGGUGUUGUAAUGCGAUGUGUUCUCAUUAACACCAAGUCUCUGCAAGAAGCCAUCCUAAGGUUCCAGCCUGCCACCCCACUUGCUGGACAUCACAAUGUGGGCCCUCUAGACCUUAGUGAAUCUCAGGACUCGAUAGUGGUGCGUGAUGGUCUGACAGACCUGAGUAUGAACCUCAGUACUUCAGUGUCUGAGGUAGAAGGAACGGUGAGUGGCAAUGGUGUAGGGGUUGAAGAUCAACCUCCUCCACCGCCUCCACCUGAUGCCCUGACCUCUCCCCAGAGCUCCAGUCUUUCAUCACAGCACAGUGCUCUCCAGACACCACCUGCAUCACAGCCACCCAUGAACCUUCUGACACCAGACUCCUUCAGCUCUCCCAGGAGACCUGAGGAUUCUGAUCUUGUUGAAAAUGGUAAUGAAGAAGGAGCUAACAAGGUCACUCCUAUUCCCAACAAGUAUGAUAUGCCAUAUACUACUGACUUUGACAAUGCUGCACUCUCACUAAUGUUACGCUGUGGCUCUGGAACUCUCAUGCAAGGCAGUGAGUCUGAGAACAAAACCAGCCUGAACAUUUUGGCUUCAGUUGUAGCUGGGACUUCCAAAUCGCCUCCUGCUACUGUACUGCCGCCUCCACCGUCUGGUACUCCAUCACCGCGAGGUCUUCAGAGUGAAGAUUAUGUGGACGAUGAAGACAUGCAGGCAACAGUUGAAGUUGAAAUGGCAGAAGAUGACGACGAUGACGAUGAUGAUGACGAAGAAGAGGACGAGCCAGAAGCUCUUCGACAAUCUCAUUCUCACUCUCAGCCACCACCGCCUCCCAUACCGGAGACUCAACCCUUACCCCAGCCACCACCAAGUUUAGUGAAGUCAUCCACAUCUAUGCCACAAUUACCACCAUCUUUAUCCCAAUCAUCAGCAUCUCUGCAUCAGUCAUCAUCCUCUGUUCCACUGCCAGUGCAGCCAAUACCACAGUCCCUAAAUGUCAUACCACAGUUAUCUCUGAAACCUACUCCACUUCCUGAAGUCUCACCUUCACAGAAGCCACCACCCCUGCACACUCAUGAUCCUCAGAAACCAAAAUCUUCAGCACAACCACUGGAUGUCUUUGCAUCAGUUAAAGCACUACCGACACAGUUAACUUGUGCUCAACUUGAAGCCGAGAUCAAGGGCGGAACAAUCAGCCCAGACUCCACGGGAUCUGCAGGCUCUUCCACUCACCAAAGUAAUCCUCAAUCCAAACGAACACGGAACUAUAAGUCUGUGAAUUGCAAACUUGAACUGACAAAUAGGUGUGCAUCUGACUCAAGAAAUCAAGUUAAUGUAGACCAAACACAGCUCAAUGGACCCAUGACACCAGGAGUAAGUGCGGCAGACAUUGCAGAACUGAGAACCUUGAUGAUGACCUGUGUGAACCUCAAUAGAGAACAAAACAAAGAAGCUGCAUCUCAGACCCGCAUGUUAGCUAACAAACUGGACAAAGCACUACAACAAGUCAAUCAACUAGCCAAACAGGUUGAGGAGAUAAAGUCAGCACAGUCGCAAGUCCAAAUGGAGCUGCCUCGUGUUGUGGCCACAUCUCUCAGGCCAGUGGUUGAAGCUACUCUGAGAAAUGAGCUGAGAAGUGUAGUCUUGCCAGGAGUUGUGAAGAGCAUAGAGCAUCCCCUGCAGUCACAUGUUUCACAAGAGGUACAUGGACUUCUUAAGACCACGGAAAACCAAGUCAUAGAUGCCAUCUCCAAAGUUAUUCAUUCAAGAUCAUUUGUGGACAGUCUUGGAGGGUCUGUUGGCUCAGUGUUGGGGACAACAGUGCAGAACUCAUGCCGUGAAGCAUACAAUAAGUUACUUUUGCCUGGACUCAAUGCACUUACUCAACAGAUCUUUGCUCAAGUUAAUGAAAACUUUAGCCGGGGCACUAAAGAAUAUCUUCAGAAUGUGGAGAGUGAGGUACAAAGUGGACGGACAUCAGUGCAGGAAAUGCUUAGCAAGGCUACUCAAUCCUUAAACUCUGCCUGCUCAUCCCUCAGCACACAAUCAAAGUCCCUACAGGAAAAUGUCACCAAAAUGGCUGCUCAGCAGAAUGUAUUAUCAGAAUCUCUCAGUGAAAGAAUACGUGUGUUGGUACGGGAAGAGGUAACUCGUGCAUUACAAGAGCACCAAGCUAUAGUUGAUGCCCGAAGUCGUGCUCACACACCUGCCUUAACACCACAUGCACAUAACCCCAAGGUGGCACAACAACAAGUUCAAGGACUCAUUUCACAAGGACAGUUCAACACUGCAUUCAAGCAGGCACUGUCUGCAUCUGAUCUGAGCCUUGUAGUGUUUGUUUGUGAGCGUGUCAACCCACAGCAAGUCUUCAACAUGACUCCAUGUCCCCUUAGUCAAGAUGUUCUUCUCUCUCUUGUCAACCAGCUUUCUCAUGACCUGUCAACUUUCACAGAUCUGAAGAUCAAGUAUUUGGAGGAAGCCGUUAUGAACCUGGAUGCAACUCAUCCUGUAACUCGUGAACAUAUGCGACCAGUCCUCCAAGGCUUUCAGCGCAAUCUACAUACGUACCUAUCUGCAAAUCCAAACCAUAAGAAGGUCAAGAUGAUUCUUAUGGCUGUCAACCAUCUUGUUGCCUUGUAAAAUGGUACAGUAUCAGAAUGUAAGUUGCAAACACUUGUCCACACUAAACAACUGAGGUGUAAGUCACGUAUCCUGUCUUUCAGGUGUAAAUAAGUUGCUUUAUACUGUUUAAAUAUUUAAACUUCUCUUACCCAGUGUAUAUCAGAUGAUUAUCAUGUAUUUCGCUCAUACUUUAUGGGAUAUUUAUAGUUAAUACCUUUAUUGCGUAAGUGGUCUGAAAUAGUCUAUUUUUUACUUGAAUGUAGAUUUAGACUAGCCCUGUCCUGUCAUUGACGAAUUUUGUUGGUCUUCCCACCUUCAUUGUUGCCUAAAGGGAUAAUCAUUGUAGUGUGUGUGAUAGAUUUAUUAUUAAUGCUGUGGCAUUUGAUAAUGUAUUAAAUCACAUACUAAAUACUUGAAGAAGGCAAACUUACUUUCUUAAUCAUUAGUAUUACCUGUAUUACCAUAUUAUUUGCUAAGUGUUUAUUCCUUUACGCUUGUUAAAAUUAUAAUUAGCAUGCAAAAAAGGAAGUCCAUCCCUUGUUAAGAUUCAUCAAAUGGAGAUUUUGUUUUGUUAAUGCACCUUUAUGUACGGUCUUUGGAAGGAUGCAGGGAUUCUUAAAUCAGAUAAAAGAACAAUCUGAUUUAUUUAGGUAAUAUUUUCUUACUCAUACUUCAUUGUGAGUACAGUAUUAACAAGUCGUCUUGUUUUUAAAGUAUGCAUAUUAUACUGUGACAGACCUUUUAAAAUGCAUAAAAAUCCCAUAUGGUAGUACAGAUUUUACUAGUAUUGUACAGUACAUAUUUUGUUUAUUGAAUUGUGCUUCCAGCACUUAAGAGUAAAUAUCUACUUAAAAGGUUGCUUCUACAUGACAUGCUGCUUUUUUUUUUAUCUAAUAAAGUUUAUAUCUGAGCUUGUUGAGUAUAAUAUAUGUUAGGGGAAGCUAAUAAAAAUCCAACUUAAUAAAUGCUGUUGGAUUAAAGGUGCUGCUAUUUAUCCAUUGUAACAUAUUUGCUGUUAUGUUUACUGUAUAACAAUUAUUAGCCCUCCCCCCCCCCCCACCCCACCCCUUUUUUUUUUAAGGAGCGGCCUUUUUGAAAAAUUUGUCUAAGUUUUGUUAAAUUGUGGUAAGUUAUUUGGAUUUUUAGAUAUUUCAAAAAAAUCUUGAAUAAAAAAUUUAAAUAAUUUUCUAGUUGUCAGUGGUGAGUAUGAAAUACAGUAUGUUUUUAAAGAAAUAUUUAGGCAGCAUUUAAUAUUGAUCUUCAUUUUAAUCCAAUUUCUUUGGGUUGAUGUAAUUUAGAAGUAUGAUCCAGUGCCCUUCUCCAUGUGUAUUACAUGUACUUAAAAAUUGUCUAUUUUAUUGAUAUGCAACAUUUAUUUGUCAGUUUUUGCAGUCACAAAAGUUUCUUUUUGAUUAAUAGUAUUUUUAUUUUAAUUAGAUAUGCUUUUAAUUGAUUUAUGAGGUUCAGGCUCAUACCUAAUGUACCCACUCUGCAUUGUGAGUACACAUGCAGACUCUCAUUCACAAAUAACCCACACUUUGGAGGAAACAUUUGACAUGUUUGAGUCCAUCGGACACAUUAUCAAGUCACAACACUUGUCUAGAUAAUGGUUCAGAUCCAAUGAAAUGUCAUCUAAAGUUACUUCUCCGAGUGUGGGUUAUCUGUGAAAUGUUUCAGUCAUGGUAUUGAGACUUGUGUUCUACAUGCAGAUGAACCAUAUUAUUUGAGUACUGUACCUGCUGCCUAACAUACAUGCAGACUAAUAGCAUGAUUUGAGGACAUGCUACCCCAUCACUACCAUUUCUUCAACAGAUUUGUUUGGGAGUGUUUGUAUUCAGUGCUAGUCUUACUGAGAAAGGACUAAAGUGAUGGUUGUCUGUGUAGACAUUUUUGGUAAUGAUCAUCAUACCUGGAGACAAUUAACAGUUUUUCAAGAUGACACUUUAAUUAGGUAGUUUUAGGGAUGUAAAAUUUUCAGAAAAUAGAUUACAGUGGGUUGUUUAACAGCUUAAUCAGUAAGACCAUUGACAGCAAUAACUAAUGUGCACUGCUAUUGAAUUUAAAUAUUUGUUUAAAAUAAUUACAUAAGCUAGUUGGACAGUUUUUUUUUUUUUUUUUAUCUUACUCUCCAGCUUUACUGUAUACCAUACCAUUAUUAUUACAUUCAUGAAGUGGAUGGGGGACAUGUUAAGCCCAUGCCAAUUAAGUUAUAACCUUGUAACCUUUAACAAGAAAUUUAUUGCUUAUUUUGUAUUUUAAGGCCAUAUUGCAGCAACAUAGGUAAUGAAUCAAUCAUUCUGUAAAAGUAUGCAAUUUGUAGUCUUGAAUUCAAAUUGUUCAAAAUCAUUCAUAUUUAGGCCUGUAUUUCUUUAAUUGCCCCAGAAUGCUUUAGAUACUGAUGUAAGACUUGGCUGCAAGGUCAAUGACUUUGGAACUGUAUACAGGUAGCCUGCAGGUAGUGUACUAUCAUGAGUAUGUAGGAAACAUUAAGAAAGAGGUCUGCAGGUGCCUUCCCUGUCACACAGUAGAGAAUUGAAGGUGCAGUUAUUAUUAAACUUUUCUUUUCUUUUAGUCACAUCCUAAAAGGAUAAUUUCCUUUUUAGAAUGAUGUCAUUAAGUUUCUUGUAAUAUGCCAGUGUCUCAUCGUGGAAAUUGUAUUUAGUGUUUAUAAUGAUAAAUUCAAGGCUGAAUUUAGUUCGUACUGAUUAUACUCGAAUAUUUAAAUCUUGAAAGUGUUUCUAAGAAGGCAGUAUUUCUUUUUUUAAAAUGUUGAAUGUCUUGGUUAUAUAUAUAUAUUAGUGUAAAUGACUGAAUAUAAAUGUCAUUAGUGUACAGUGGGAAGUGUAGAGAUCAUUGUGUCAUUAAGCCUUGGUUACCAGUCUUGAACAUACAGGAUGUUCCAUCUUCAGUCAUUUUCAUUGGUCUAAUUUACUAGAAACCUAUAUUAGAAACAUUGCAUCUUGUACAUUAAAACUUUAUUUGAAAAUAAUCGCAGCAAAGCUGCAACUGAGCUGAUUUUUUAAGGGUCAGGGUAUUUUUUUUUUCCUGCCAAUGGACAAGUGCUUCUUUGCAUGAUCAUUAUUUUUGAGCUUGCUCUUCAUUUAUAUGUAAAAUAGAAAUUAUAAUGGUUUGUAUAUAUAUGUGAAAAAAUAAUUAAGCUUUGGAUAAAACGGGGAAACUGGUUUCAUACCAGGUUACCCAAAUCAUUAUUUCUGUACUUCUUUACAUAACUGUCUUGUAUCUGGAGAUGUCAUAUUUGUUUUUUAUGAUUAAGUUAAUUAUUUAA